UAUUUACAAGUGCAAAAGCAGUACCGGACGCCGUUCUGGGAGAACACUUUCAUUCUAAAGGCAAAAUCUUUAAAAGGUCCGUUCAAGAGACAAGAGUUCAAGACGAUAUUCCCGAUACACAGAGAGAUUGCACUGAUAAAGAUAACCCGAAAUAUCCGCCAACUGUGACAGAAACAACAGAAAGGUUAUCAGAUUUGAGGGAUGUAAUGGCAGAAUACAAUGUGUCAGCAUAUAUUAUUCCAACAGAAGACUGGCAUAAUGAAUGCUACAGGAGACGACAGUGGAUAACUGGCUUUUCUGGAUCUUCAGGCCUUGCUAUUGUUACACAUAACCAAUCUGCAUUGUGGACCGAUGGUAGAUACUAUCUACAAGCUGAACAACAACUUGAUUGUAAUUGGAUACUUAUGAGGUCGAGCGACGAUGGUACGCCCAGCGCUUGGGACUGGUUAGAAGAUGUGCUUCCAUACGGAACAAGCAAUGAACCCAUUAUUGUAGCAUUUGAUCCGACGCUUUUAUCUAUAAAUGCGUUCAAGGAGAGCAAGGAUAAAUCGAUCAUAAUGCAAUCAAUUCAAAAUAACCUGAUAGACGAGGUUUGGGAAGAACCAGAGUGUAGUAAUAAUCCACUACUUAUUAUGGAAAAGAAAUGGGCAGGCGUUGACUGGUGGGAUAAAGUGGAAGACAUCCAGGGACUAAUGAAAGCAGCAGACGUAGAAAUGAUGGUGUUACAUGCCUUGGAUGACACUGCAUGGUUGUUCAACUUACGAGGGUCUGAUGUUCACAAUACAGCCGUUUUCUUUUCCUAUACAAUCAUUGAGUUGGAUAAAACAACGUUGUAUAUUAAAAAUACAACUGAGCUUGUAACAGAUGAAAUUGGAAAGCAUCUUCUCACAGACAUGAAGUUUUGUCAAAAUACUCCUCAAAUACACAAAUGUUUGCAUAUCAAUGAAUACGAUGAUUUUCAAAAUGAACUGAGAGAUGCAACGAAAUCAGAUAUCAUCAAUAAAGUGUGGAUCAGCACUUCUGCUAGCUAUGCUGUUUAUGGAAAUGUUCCCGAGAAUAAGCAGUACUCUGCAGCGAUUCCCAUACAAGAAAUGAAAGCUGUAAAGAAUGACAAGGAAGUUGAUGGAAUGAUAAACGGAUAUAAUCAGGAUUCUGUUGCCGUGAUAGAGUUUCUACAUUGGAUAGAGGGCGCAGUGACGAAUGAAGAAAUUGAAGUGACUGAAAUCUCUGCAGGAAAUAAGGUUGAGGAAUUUAGGAGGAAACAAGAGGACUUUGUGUCACCAAGUUUUGAUCCAAUUUCUGGAUUCGGGCCAAAUGGAGCAGUUAUACACUACUCGUCUACAGAUGAAACAAACGUAAAAAUUACAACUGAUGAUAUGUAUCUACUGGAUUCUGGUGGACAAUACAAGUGUGGUGCAACGACCGAUAUUACUCGUACAAUGCACUUCGGAGUACCUAAGGAUUCGCACAAGGAAGCUUAUACACGUGUACUAAUGGGUGCCAUUGAUCUUGCCCUUGCAAUAUUUCCAGAAGGAACGUCUGGAAGCAGACUUGACGUACAUGCCCGACAACAUUUGUGGGAUAAUGGUUGGACGUAUCUUCACGGCACUGGUCACGGUAUUGGAGCUAUGUUGAAUGUUCAUGAAGAACCAGGUUAUUACGAAGACAAUGACUAUGGAGUUAGACUUGAAACAAUCAUUAGGGUAGUGAAAGCCGAUACACCAAACAAUUUUGGUGGCCAGGAUUAUUAUACCUUUAGAGCGGUGACACUUGUUCCUUUCGACCCAAAACUAAUUAAAUACAGUUUGAUGUCUCCACGACAGAUUGACUGGCUGAAUAGGUACAACGCCAGAAUCCGUACUGAGAUUGGUCCACUAGUACAAGCGGAAAACGUUGAAGCCUAUGAUUGGUUGAUCAAAAUGACGGUACACGUGACACAUCCCGAUCUUGAUGACCAUCCUGAUUCACCUGCCAAUAAAAUGCAUCAAAGCAUUGCUAGUUAUGUGGCAAUGUUUGCAGCGUUUGUUAUAGCUACGUUGUUCAUCACCAUUUAG